UCGGAGCACCGCGCAGGCCGGAAGUCACCCCGCCGCCGCUUCCUCACGCGAAGGCGUGGCGCGGGUCGGGUGGUCCCGCCCGAUGGGUGGUUGAGGAGGCAACGGAGCAGCUGAGGGGACUUCCCCGAGGCGGCGAGGCCGCAGAGGCCGCGCGGGGUGGAAGCCCGCGGCGCUAUGGCUCACGUCAGCUCUCGAAAGCGCUCGAGGAGUCGAAGCCGGUCCCGGGGGCGAGGGUCGGAAAGGAAGAGGAAGAAGAGCAGUAAGGACGUCCCGUGGAGCUGCUCGGCUUCUAGAUCCCAAGACCACAAGGCCAGCACCAUCUCCUCUGGGGCGGAGGCCUCACCUUCUCCCUGCAUCACAGAGAGAAGCAAACACAAGGCCCGGAGGAGACCACGAUCCAGUUCCUCCUCCUCUUCUUCCAGUUCUUCUAGCUCUUCUUCCUCUUCGUCCUCCUCCUCUUCCUCCAGUGGUGGCCGGAAGAAGCGGGGGAAGCACAAGAACAAGAAGAGAAAGAAGAAGAAGAAGAAGAAAAGGAAGAAGAAGCUGAAGAAGAAAGGGAAGGAGAAGGCAAAGGUGCAGCAGGGUGAGGCCCUGCCGGGACCCUCGCUGGACCAGUGGCACCGGUCAGCUGAGGAGGAAGAGGAUGGCCCAGUCCUGACGGAUGAACAGAAGUCCCGCAUCCAGGCCAUGAAGCCCAUGACCAAGGAGGAGUGGGACGCUCGUCAGAGUGUCAUCCGCAAGGUGGUGGACCCGGAGACAGGACGCACCAGCAAGCUACCCGAGGGGAUGGCCUGGCCUUCCAGAUGCGAGCAGGGCUGCUGCCCUGAGGGCCCUGUGGCUGGGUGCUGGCAGCUCGGCCUGGAGGCUGGCUUCAGGGUGGGCCACGGGAAGCCCAGUGGGUGCUGUCUGCCUUCCCUCUUUUGGACUGGCCUGUGGCCGAGCCUCCUCUCAGACACAGGGGGUGAGGACAGGGUCACUGGCCUAAUCACUUCCUCCAUCUCCUGCAAGAGCACCACUUCCCAAAUAUUAAAUGGUCCGUGGUUGGAAACUUUGUCAGCUUUUUGUGCCGAAGGGAGGGAAGGUUGCCACCCAACUUCCAGAGGACAGACAAGGCCUCCUGGACUUCUGGGGGAAAGGUAGGGUGUGCCCUGGUGAGCACAGGCCACACCAGACCCCUUUGUCAGCUCAUCCUCAGGUCAGCCUGCCUAGACCAGACCCUGACCCUCAUCCCCAGCUGACUCCCAAACCCAGAGACUUGGCUCUUAAGCCCCAUCCCCGCAGACUUGGAGGGAGGCUGCCUCUGCAGAUGACCGCGGCGCAGAGUCCUGGUGUGGGGGUUGUGCGGCCGCGCGGCAGCCCUGGCCCGCAUUACUAGCUGUGACCUCUGUAAAGCAGAGGGGCUUUCAGCAUCCACCUUGCUGGGCUGCUGUGAGGGUGAACCGAGUUCAUGCCCAGGAAAGGGCUGGAAGGAGGCCCGGUGCAGGGUAAGGCUUGCCUAAGUGUGCUGGUGUUACAGCCAGUGUGGUGGGCAUUGUUUCCUGGGAAGGACGGCCUCUCCCCACCACAGCUUUAGCUCUGGGACCGGCCCCCACCCCAGAGCCCGCCCCCCAUCCUGUGCUCUGUGGUUGCUGGUGUAGUAAAGAGACCCAGAAGGAA